AUGAGACGGGAACAUGGUGGUGUUCCUGCACAUAUUGGGGGUGUGACUGAGUUUGGAGAUAAUAUUGAAGAUGAAUGGUUUAUUGUGUACCUCCUACAGCAGAUAACAAAAGAGUUUCCAGAGUUAGUAGCAAGGGUUGAUGACAAUGAUGGUGAGUUCCUAUUGAUAGAAGCAGCUGAUUUCCUUCCAAAAUGGUUGAACCCUGAAAAUAGUGCCAAUAGGGUGUUCUUUCACCGAGGAGAAUUGUGCAUCGUCCCACAAUCAAAGACUUGUGGAGAGGAGCCUGCCUCCAGUCCAACAAUUCCCCAGGUCUUAGCGCUGUUAUCUGCACAUUCAGAGGAGUUCCGGGCUGCAAAACCUAUUAGAACAGCAGUCUGUAAACGCAUAAGUGGAUAUCCUGACAAAAUCAAGGCCUCCCUGCACCAAGCCCACUGUUUCCUUCCAGCAGGCAUUGUGGGAGUGUUGAAGGAGUGCCCUUCUCUGGUUGCUGCUGCAGUCGAGGCCUUCUACUUGCGAGAUCCCAUUGACUUAAGAGCAUGCCAUCCUUUCAAAAUUUUCCCUCCAGACACGCGUGUGAUGAGUUGCACUUACCAGCCAAAUGCUGCUUUCCACGCUACUGGGCCACAUAUCAGCAAUCGGGUCACAUUCACCAAGUGUUUAUAUGCACAGUUAAUGCAGCAGAAAUUUGUUCCAGACCGACGCAGUGGGUAUAUACUUCCAUCCCCUUCACAUCAUCAAUACAAAGCACAUGAGUUAGGCAUGAAGUUGGCGCAUGGGUUUGAAAUCUUAUGCUCCAAGUGCAGUAAAGUUUCUCCUGAUUCUAAAAGGCCUGUAUCAAACAACCCAUUAUGGGAUGGCUUCCUCAACAGCCUGAAGAAGAAUAAUUAUUUCAAGGGUGAACUAGAAGGAUCUGAAAAGUAUUUGGAAUGGCUGCGUAUGGCAGAGAAUUAUUUUCAGCAAUCUGCUAUCAAGCCAGAAAGCUCUGUUGCCAUGAGCCCAGGUGAAGAAAUCUUGACUUUGCUACAGAAAACAUCCUACAAUUUAAAGGAACUUGAAGAAGCAGCAGCUAGUCUUCCUUCAGAGGAUGAUGAUAGUUGGUUGGAGAUUUCUGAAGAUGCUUUGGAUCAGAUCCUGAAUGAGGCCUCAGCUAAACGUGAAUCCAUUCCUCCCUCGCAUGAGGAAGAGCAGAAUUACGAUUUGGGAACAGUUGCUGAAAGCAUGAAGGCUUUUGUAUCCAAAGUCUCAGCACAUGAUGGAGCAGAGAUUCCAUGGUCAACUGAUGAAGCCCAUGUAACCUUUGAUGUUGAGUCUUUUACAAAUGCUUUAGAUAGAAUUUUAGGGGCAGAUUCAGAAGAGCUGGAUUCAGAUGAUCUAGAUGAGGAGGAAGAGUUUAAGUUCUUGGACAGUGAUGAAGACCUGAAUACUGAAGCCCAUGGUGAAGAGCAGAAGGCAUUACCAAAUGAAAUUAUGGGCAGUCUGAGAUCAUACAUGAACGAAAUGGACCAUGAGCUGGCCCACACUAAUGUUGGCAAAAGCUUCACCACCCAAAAGAAAAUGGUUAGUUCUGCUAAAGCAGUUGUGUCCCAGGGUUCUUAUAGUAACUUGGAAGAUGAUUCUGGUGCAGAAGAUGGUGAUACAACCCCUGUGGAUGUAGAUAUGAACCUAGUGACUAACUUACUGGAAUCCUACAGUGCUCAAGCUGGACUGUCAGGACCUGCCUCUAACAUUCUACAAAGCAUGGGUGUACACUUACCAGACAACAUGGAUCAGAUACGCACUAGCAGUGGAACAGGAGAAUAACAGAUGAUCACAGUUCAGAGGACAUUGCUGAGUGGAAACAAAAACAUAAGGACAGCAGCAGUUUGGAAGAAAAGACAAAUGGUAUGAAUAUUAAACACUUGGCUACACAGUUUGCUCAUGGCUUUUAAAGGACAAAAUGUGAUUACUUGGUAAAAUCUGUCUGGCCUCUUAAGACCAAAAUUGCUGUGUGCAUGAAGUAGGACCUUUUUUAUUUUUUAUUUUUUUUCACUUGUUCACUGUGGGUUUGGUUUUUGAUUUGAAUAAAGAUCUCCUUUCUUGUGUUACAA